AUGAGUUCAUUGUUACUACCAACCGUCUAUCUUGGAGGAUGCAUUGCUGCCAUGAGCGCAUUCUCAUACGUGUACCGCAGAGCUACCAUGCUUCAAUCCAUGGAAGCUUGGUUUCCCAUCAACACUCAAAAAGAAGAAUACAUUGCUCUUUUGAACUGCGAGCCCUCUGUUCCUGAGCAUCAUUUGCGUGCUGCGCUUUUACGCCGUGCCAUGGAAGCUGUGCGUCGCCUAGUUCAAGUGCAACAGGAAAAGCCUGCUUUGCAGCAAUUGAUGAAGACAGGUAGUAUAGGUGAUGACCUCUGGCGCGAGUUCACUGCUGCCGAACAAGAGAUUACAGCUGAAUUACAAGAAAUCGCAAUGGAAGCCAACACAUUCAAAGAAGGAUGGGGACAAACCGUCUUUAGCACAGCAGCACAAAUGUUGGAACACGAGAAACAAAAGCAAAUGCAAUUAGACAUGAAGGUCAUGCUGGAACAAGAAACUCUACGCAAAAAGAAGCAAGACGAAGCAGAUGCAAAGGAGGCCAAGGAGAACGAACAAAAGUUAAAGGAAAAGCGUGAAAGGGAAGCCAAGAAGGCUGAAGAGGAUUUACUAAAGAUGGAAGAGAUGGAGAAGAAAUCAGCAGCAGCAAAGAGAAAGUAA